AUUAUUAUUGUUAUUUCAGGGUGUGAUGCAAGUUUAGCCAAUCCAAAUUUCCAGUGUCCCACUCACAAGCACAACAAACCCGCAUCUCCGCAAACUACGAAGCUUCCUCUAGCUUUGAGAUCACUUCCGCCGGAAGUGGGGUUGUGUGCAUCCAGUAUUCCGGGAGCUGGGUAUGGCAUUUGUGCCAAGCGCACCAUUCCAGUAGGUGCGUGGAUUGGUCCUUAUGAAGGAAAAUUUUUUAAACCUGAGGAGCUUUCUUCAUCAACGGAUACAUCGUACAUGUGGGAGGUAUGUUGUGAGAUUUAUUUUUUGAAUUAGAAGUGAGUAUCAGCGAGAAAUGGCUUGCCUAGCAUCCUGCAUGCUCCAGGGGGAGGGGGAGGGUUAGAAGUAUAAAGUUCUCUUCUUUGAACCCCUCCCUCCCUUCUCUCUCCUCUAAUCCAAUGCAUCUUUCGAACGAGCCCAUACAAAGGCUAUGGAAUUAAUUAUAUAUUAAAACUUAAAUGCUUAAAGUCCUCUUCAGCAGGGCAAGCCAUACACUCAUUAUACUUUUCAUCUUUACAAACUUCCCGAAGAAUAACAGGUUAAAAAUGGAACGACUCUUUUUGUCUUCACAAAUUUCGAAAACAUGACGAAAACUUAAUGGCGCACUUGAAAGCGUGUGUAAGACCCCGCGCUUCGUGCGACCUUGCGAGAGGCGAUAUUUCGCGCAGUGUUUUGCUCGCAACUUAGUUUGCUUUUCCUUCAGGACUACUCGUAAACUAUAAUGCUCGGGAAAAAAAAGCUUAAAGUUCUUAUUGCAGCAAUCUAAAAAGGCUGAUAUUUACGUUGCAGAUCUUUAAAGACGGUAAAUUAGCAGGAUUUGUUGACGGAAGUGACGAAAAGGUGUCGAGCUGGAUGCGUUUCAUCCGCUGCGCCAGACACAAGAAGGAACAAAACUUGUUCGCGUUCCAGUUCUUGGGAAAAAUUUAUUACCGUUCAUUCAAGGCCAUCUUGCCUGGAGAAGAAAUGUUGGUGUGGUACGACGAAAAGUACCCGCAGUAUCUUGGGAUUCCUAGCGCUAUAUUCGAUCUGGGUGCAGUUACUAGAAAAGGUACGAGUUUUAGAAUUAUGACCCUGUGUACAUGGAGUGAGGGACCCUGGUCUAGUGGGGUAGGUUUCUUUUGUUUUGUGUUCCCCAGAGCGGGACAAAACUUUAUUAUCACGUAAUGAAAUUAAUCAUCAUGAUGAUAAACUUCAGUACCGUCUUCAAAAACUAAAUACAACAUUGUUAGAGAAAAAAAACGGAAAUUAAAGUAUUAAAGUUUAUAGUGCAAAGUAUUCAGCUUAGUCCGGUCAUUCGCCCACCUUUGCUUGUUUUUAUGAGCAAUAACCAGUCCCACUUGUAGGACGGCGAACGUAAUAUAUAAGCGUGCUAUACUAGUGUAAUUAGUAACAUAGGCGAAAGGAGCACCUACUAAUUCUUUUAAUUUUAUUUGAUUUUCACCAAAUACCUGACACAUGAGAUUUUAACAUUUCUUGCGUAUUUAUUUCCGAUAGGUCCUAAGGGGAUGCCGGAAAAAUCAGGGACGGUUCUUCCACAAAUGAAGGAGUGUGUGUCAAUUGAGACAAAUCAAUUGCCACCCACCCCUCCGAGCUCUGUACCUUCACCUUCCAGUCCACUCUCACCCGAAACUCAUCAGCUUCACUCUCCUUCUAAAGCUGUCAGUGGAGAACCCUUGACAGGGCUACAAAGUGAAGUACCUUCCGCUUUCGACUUUUCAUCCGCUCCACAUUACCCACAAUCGCCUCCGCUGCCCUCACCAGAGAGUCUUAGAAGUAAUACUUCUUCGCCCAGCACCAGCGAAGACGGACACAACGCUCCGUUGAAACCAAACCAGACUGUGUUUUCCAAUGCCACUGAGCUGAGCCUGUGGAAAUGCGGUCAGUGCAACAAGUCAUUCCCACAGCGGACCAUGCUCCAAGUUCAUGUCUGUAACGAGUCUCCUCACAAACCGUACCAGUGCGGUCACUGCGCGCUAAGCUUCUCUCGCCCAGCUGAGCUUCGUGCUCAUGCGGUCAGUCACGCCAGUAAGAAGCCAUUUAAGUGCGGCUACUGUUCCCGCGCUUUUGCAGGGGCGACCACUUUGAACAAUCAC